AUGCAGGAUUUCCGCCUUACAGCCUUUUUGGGCGCCUGCCUUAUUGUACUUCCCACCUUUACCGAUGCUUUCUGGCGCCUCCCCUGCCGUGGACGAACUGGUGUCGCUCGGUUGGACCCCAUUGUUGAGCCGGGAGAGAUCUCAGGACACAUUCAUGCUGUUCACGGGGCAGGCAACUUCGGCAUGAGCUCUGAUAUGAAUACUCUGCUUGAUUCCAGCUGCACCUCAUGCGCUGUGGAGCAGGACAUGUCCGCUUAUUGGACCCCUCCUCUCUACUUCAUGCACACCAACGGCAGCGCCGAACUGGUUCCACAGAUUGGAGGCAUGCUAGUUUAUUAUCUCCUCUAUGGAGAGAACGUGACAGCCUUCCCGAGCAACUUCAGGCUGUUAGCAGGCGACCCUUACCAGCGCAACUUCACCUGGCCGAUUCCUGAUCCACCAAAAUCAUCAUGGUCUGGUGCCCAGUUAUCGCAGGAAGCCCUACGCCAAAAGGCCAUUGGAUUCAAUUGCCUGAACUAUGCCAUGGCUCCUGAACCAUCCCUCUAUCGCCAUUUCUUGCCGAACAAAACCUACCUUGACGAACAUUGCACGGAUGGCGUUCGCCUCGAGCUGAUGUUUCCAUCUUGUUGGAAUGGCGAAGAUGUCGAUUCAACGGACCACAAAUCUCACAUGGCGUAUCCAACUCUGGUAAUAGAUGGCACGUGUCCGGAGGGAUACGAGACUCGACUGGUCUCAUUAUUCUUUGAGACUAUUUGGGACACGUACGUUUUCAAGGACGUGGAUGGCUACUUUACGCUCUCAAACGGUGAUCCAACAGGAUUCGGGUACCAUGGUGAUUUCAUGUAUGGCUGGGAAGAUGGCGUCUUGCAGGAGGCCGUCGACACUUGCACAAGCGAUACGGGUCUCGUCGAGGAUUGCGCGAUAUUCAAUCUGCAGUCGGAAAGCAACCAGAGGGAAUGCUUCUUCGAUGUGCCGGAAUCGUUGAAAGAUGAAAAUGUCUAUAUGCAUGCAAAUGGACUGCCUGGAGCCAUGGCGAUUGAAUCGGGGCCUGCAUAUGCCACGAUGUCAAUGGCUUCGUCUCCGUCAUCAAGCACUACAUCACUGGAGCCUAGCACUACAUCAAAGGAGCCUAGCACUACAUCAAAGGAGCCUAGCACUACAUCAAAGGAGCCUAGCACUACAUCACAGGAGCCUGGCACUACAUCAAAGGAGCCUAGCACUACAUCACAGGAGCCUGGCACUACAUUAAAGGAGCCUGGCACUGCAUUACAGGAGCCUGGCACGUCUACUCCCUACAUCUCAAUCUCGCUACCACCACUCUCUAUCAGCAUCGGGGACUUGAACCUCGAUGCCCUAUGUCACGCACGAGCCCGCUACUAUUGCGCCCUCAAGUACUACAUCGACUUUCACUCAUACACCGACCCCAACCACAGUGGAACUGGAGUCCAUAAUUGA